GUACUGCCGGUGGGUCAGGGUUCGGCCUCAACAUGGCGGUUCCGGUCGAGCAGUGACCAAGGUUUUACCGUCUGGAGGAUUAACUGGCGAUUGUCGGCGUCUCCACCCAUCACGGUGGAAUGCGAGGACGCCGGGGCGAGCCCUGAGGAGCGGCGGUGCAGGGGAGGGGUCCGUGGUGUGUGCCUGGGAGCUGAGGCAGCGGCGUCUGUUCCUUCUGUUGGUCUCAAGGCUUCAGUGUGGGGCCCCGCCCGGCCGGGCUAGGCCGGCGGGCGGCGGCAGUAGCUGCUGCAGCCGCAAGAUCAGUCUCUGAGAGUGGGCCGGAGGGCGGGCGCCGCCGCUGCUUGUGCCGCGGCGAUGGCCCAGUGUGUACAAUCAGUGCAGGAGCUAAUCCCGGACUCCUUCGUCCCCUGUGUCGCCGCGCUGUGCAGCGACGAAGCCGAGCGGCUCACUCGCCUCAAUCACCUUAGCUUCGCGGAGUUGCUUAAGCCCUUCUCUCGCCUCACUUCGGAGGUUCAUAUGAGAGAUCCUAAUAAUCAACUUCACAUAAUCAAAAAUCUGAAGAUAGCAGUAAGCAACAUUAUCACCCAACCACCUCAACCCGGAGCCAUUCGGAAGCUUUUGAAUGAUGUUGUUUCUGGCAGUCAGCCUGCGGAAGGAUUAGUAGCUAAUGUGAUUACAGCAGGAGAUUAUGACCUCAACAUCAGUGCUACCACUCCAUGGUUUGAGUCUUACAGAGAGACCUUUCUUCAGUCGAUGCCAGCAUCAGAUCAUGAAUUUCUGAACCACUAUUUAGCAUGUAUGUUGGUAGCAUCAUCUAGUGAAGCUGAACCUGUGGAACAGUUUUCAAAGUUAUCACAAGAACAGCAUCGAAUUCAGCACAACAGUGACUAUUCCUACCCCAAGUGGUUUAUACCAAAUACACUUAAAUAUUAUGUACUUUUACAUGAUGUAAGUGCAGGAGAUGAACAGAGAGCUGAAUCAAUUUAUGAAGAAAUGAAACAGAAAUAUGGAACUCAGGGUUGCUAUUUACUUAAAAUUAAUUCUCGAACAUCUAAUCGAGCAUCAGAUGAACAGAUACCAGAUCCUUGGAGUCAGUAUCUUCAGAAAAAUAGUAUUCAAAACCAGGAAUCAUAUGAAGAUGGCCCUUGUACUAUAACUUCAAAUAAGAAUUCUGAUAGUAACUUGCUUUCAUUGGAUGGAUUAGAUAACGAAGUCAAAGUAGAUGGCUUACCAAAUAACUUUAGAGCUCACCCACUUCAGUUGGACUCAUCCAGUGACGCUUCUAACAGCAUUGAUGGCCCAGAUCAUGUAAAAUCUGCUUCAUCAUUACAUGAAACAAAGAAAGCAAAUACUGGAAUUAUUCAUGGUGCAUGUUUAACCCUUACUGAUCAUGAUAGAAUUCGACAGUUUAUACAAGAGUUCACUUUUCGGGGCCUUUUGCCACAUAUAGAGAAAACAAUUCGGCAAUUAAAUGAUCAGCUAAUAUCAAGAAAAGGUUUAAGUCGAUCUCUAUUUUCUGCAACUAAAAAAUGGUUUAGUGGCAGUAAAGUUCCAGAAAAAAGCAUUAAUGAGCUGAAAAAUACAUCUGGAUUGCUGUAUCCGCCGGAAGCACCAGAGCUUCAAAUCCGAAAAAUGGCUGACUUAUGCUUUUUGGUGCAGCAUUAUGAUUUGGCUUAUAGUUGCUAUCAUACUGCAAAGAAAGAUUUUCUUAAUGAUCAAGCAAUGCUUUAUGCAGCUGGUGCAUUGGAAAUGGCAGCAGUGUCAGCUUUCCUUCAGCCAGGAGCGCCUAGGCCAUACCCUGCGCAUUACAUGGAUACAGCAAUCCAGACAUACAGGGAUAUCUGCAAGAAUAUGGUAUUGGCUGAAAGAUGUGUAUUGCUUAGUGCUGAAAUCUUAAAAAGCCAAAGCAAAUAUUCAGAGGCCGCAGCUCUCCUAAUACGGUUGACCAGUGAGCAGAACACAUGGAAGGGCAUGGAUUCUGAUCUUCGAAGUGCACUUCUUUUGGAACAGGCGGCACAUUGCUUUAUAAACAUGAAGAGCCCCAUGGUUAGAAAAUACGCAUUUCAUAUGAUACUGGCAGGACAUCGGUUUAGUAAAGCAGGGCAAAAAAAGCAUGCUUUACGCUGUUAUUGUCAAGCCAUGCAGGUUUACAAAGGAAAAGGCUGGUCUCUGGCAGAGGAUCACAUUAACUUCACUAUUGGGCGCCAGUCCUAUACCCUUAGGCAACUGGACAAUGCUGUGUCUGCUUUUAGGCAUAUUUUAAUCAAUGAAAGUAAACAAUCUGCUGCUCAACAAGGGGCCUUCCUCAGAGAGUAUCUUUAUGUUUACAAGAAUGUAAGUCAGCUGUCACCAGAUGGCCCUUUACCGCAGCUACCUUUACCGUAUAUUAACAGUUCAGCCACACGGGUUUUCUUUGGCCACGACAGACGACCAGCAGAUGGUGAAAAGCAAGCAGCUACUCAUGUAAGUCUCGAUCAGGAAUAUGACUCUGAAUCCUCUCAGCAGUGGCGAGAACUUGAGGAACAAGUUGUAGCUGUGGUUAACAGAGGAGUAGUUCCAUCCAAUUUCUACCCCACACAAUAUUGUUUGAAUAGUUAUUCAGAUAACUCAAGAUUUCCACUGGCAGUUGUAGAAGAACCAAUAACAGUGGAAGUGGCUUUUAGAAAUCCUUUGAAGGUUCCACUUUUGUUGACUGAUUUGUCAUUGCUAUGGAAGUUUCAACCUAAAGAUAUUAGUGGAAAGGAUAAUGAAGAAGUUAAAGAACUAGUAACAGGUGAACCUAAAAUGAUUGGAACUGAACAUAUUUCAGAAUUCUUAAUUAACAGUGAAGAAUCUAAAGUGGCAAGACUAAAGCUCUUUCCCCAUCACAUAGGGGAGCUGCAUAUUCUCGGAGUUGUUUAUAAUCUUGGCACUAUUCAGGGCUGCAUGACAGUAGAUGGCAUUGGUUCUCUUCCUGGAUGUCACACAGGAAAACAUUCCUUGAGUAUGUCAGUCAGAGGGAGACAGGAUUUAGAAAUUCAAGGUCCUCGACUUAACAAUACAAAAGAAGAGAAAACAUCUAUCAAAUAUGGUCCUGAUCGACGUUUAGAUCCCAUUAUCACGGAGGAAAUGCCACUGUUGGAGGUAUUCUUUAUACAUUUCCCUACAGGGCUCCUCUGUGGAGAAAUCCGAAAAGCAUAUGUAGAGUUUGUCAAUGUCAGCAAAAGUCCUCUUACUGGAUUGAAGGUUGUUUCUAAACGUCCAGAGUUCUUUACUUUUGGUGGUAACACAGCUGUUCUAACACCACUGAGUCCUUCAGCUUCUGAGAACUGUAGUGCUUACAAGACUGUUGCGACAGACUCUACCGCUGUGUGUACGGCACUCAUAUCAUCGGCUUCCUCUGUAGACUUUGGCAUUGGCAUAGGGAGUCAGCCAGAGGUGAUUCCUGUUCCCCUUCCUGACACUGUUCUUCUACCUGGAGCUUCAGUCCAGCUACCAAUGUGGUUACGUGGGCCAGAUGAAGAAGGUGUCCAUGAAAUUAACUUUUUGUUUUACUAUGAAAGUGUUAAAAAGCAGCCUAAGAUCCGUCACAGAAUAUUAAGACACACUGCAGUCAUUUGUACCAGCCGAUCUUUGAAUGUACGGGCCACUGUCUGCAGAAGUAAUUCUCUUGAAGAUGAGGAGGGCAGAGGGGGCAAUAUGUUAGUCUUUGUGGAUGUGGAAAAUACCAAUACUAGUGAAGCAGGUGUUAAGGAAUUCCAUAUAGUACAAGUAUCGAGUAGUAGCAAACACUGGAAAUUCCAGAAAUCUGUAAAUCUCUCUGAAAACAAAGAUGCCAAACUUGCCAGCAGGGAGAAGGGAAAAUUUUGCUUCAAGGCAAUACGAUGUAAGGAAAAAGAAGUUGCCACACAGUCCUCAGAAAAAUACACCUUUGCAGAUAUCAUCUUUGGAAAUGAACAGAUAAUAAGUUCAGCAAGUCCAUGUGCAGACUUCUUUUAUCGAAGCUUAUCUUCUGAAUUAAAGAAACCACAAGCCCAGCCGUCCGUGCAUACUGAAAAACAGUCAUUAGAGGAUGCUGUGAGAUUGAUUCAGAAGUGCAGUGAGGUGGAUUUGAAUAUUGUCGUAUUAUGGAAGGCUUAUGUAGUGGAAGAUAGUAAGCAGCUAAUUUUGGAAGGUCAGCAUCAUGUUAUUCUUCGCACUAUAGGAAAAGAAGCCUUUUCAUGUCCUCAGAAACAGGAACCACCAGAAAUGGAACUAUUAAAAUUUUUCAGGCCAGAAAACACUACAGUUCCUUUAAGACCGUCAGUAGAGCAGCUUUCUAAUCUCAUUAAAACGAGUCUUCACUAUCCAGAAUCAUUUAAUCAUCCAUUUCAUCAAAAAAGCCUUUGUUUAGUACCAGUCACCCUUUUACUUUCCAAUUGUUCUAAGGCUGAUGUUGAUGUAAUAGUUGAUCUUCGGCAUAAAACAACAAGUCCAGAAGCAUUGGAAAUCCAUGGAUCAUUUACAUGGCUUGGACAAACACAAUAUAAACUUCAGCUUAAAAGCCAGGAGAUUCACAGUUUGCAGCUGAAGGCAUGCUUUGUCCAUACAGGUGUUUAUAACCUUGGAACACCUAGGGUAUUUGCCAAGUUAUCGGACCAAGUUACAGUGUUUGAAACGAGUCAGCAGAACUCCAUGCCUGCCCUGAUCAUCAUCAAUAAUGUGUGAUGACUUGCAAAUUUGUACUGAAAUCCACAAGAAUCAGUUUUAUUUUACUGAAUGGGUUUUAACAGCAGUAUUUGUUAUACCUAACUUGUUUAUGGAGGUUGGUGUCGGGUCACUGCAAAAUACUUUCGACUUGUCAAUCUGUUGAUGAUGCAAAGCACGUUGGACUGAGAAUACUCAUAUUCUUUUUUUGUAUUUCUUUAAACCCUGGUAAUAAUUUACAUGCUCAUAAUACGGAAUUUCAACAUAGCCACGCACCUUAUUAAGCCCUGUCUUAAAAACCAGUGUCUAAGUCUGCUGUUACAACAUAUUGAUGGUAUAUGAAUAUUACCAGAUGAUUUUGAGGAAGGAAAGGCCUUGUUGGUGAUACUCCUGUUAAGCCAUUAGUCUAUAAAUUCCAGCUUUACUGUGAAGUUCUAUAGAGUGUUAAAUACGGAUUUUCCUGUGUUGCUUCACACAAUUCUCUAAAAUACAUUUUGAACUUUGGUUAUAGAGUCUUCAUACUUCAGUAUCUGGUGGUUCCUAUGGCUUAUACAUAACUUUGUAAAAAGAAAAAAAUUUUUUCUGAUGCUUUGAAUAUAGUUUUGAAAGGAGUUUGACUUUUUUUUCCUCAUUCAUCUCAGUAUAGGGUGCACUAUUUCACAAUAUGAGAUUUUUUGUCAUUUAAAUUAUCAUAUUCUUUAUUAUGUAACUUUAACAUUUGAGUUGAUCUGUUUAAAAUAUGAAUCUCAAGUUAAUUAAAAAUAAGCUUUUCAAAAAUGUAUUAUAUUUAUAACAAAUGUAAAUAGAAUAAAGACAUGCUAUUCACUGUA